AUGCAUUCUUUUCUGCUCUCUUCUUCGCAUUCCCCGUGCCUCUCUUUGUUGCUUGUCAAAGGUGGAGCAGGAGGAGUGGAGAUGGAGCGAGACAAGACUUCAUCGGUGGUGCAAGACAGGCGAGCCAACUCAUUUCGGAACCUUCGGAUGCGCAAGGACAGAGAGGAGCGCGAGCGGGAGGAGCGGAGCAAGACAGACCCCAACAUGAUCGCUGAGAACCUGAGGCUGACGGUGCCGUCGAACGGGCUGAUAGGAGGAAGUCUGAAGCCGAGCGAGCGAGAGCUGGAGCAACCCAAGUGGCGCAACCUCUUCGAUCAGACGCGAGAGACGCGAGAGGAGGUUGUGACCUCCCACAACUUCCGUAAGGUGAGACGAGGAGAUGAGAGGACGAGGCGAGGAAAGCAUGUGCAGCACAAGUCUGACAUGCUCCCAGGUCUGCAUUCAGCUGGGUCUGCCAUUGUCGGACGAAGACCUGGAGGUGAGGGAGGAGGGAGGGAGAGGAAGGAGGGAGAGGAGGGAGGGAGAGGAGGGAGGUAG